AGUAAUGCGCCGGAGCUGUUGCUACUAAUUACAACGUACAAAUAUUUACGGCAUAUAACGAACGGAACAGUGCGACGCGAUCUUUGCAAAGCUCAAGCAGCAGAUGAAAAAGUCAACAUUGAAAAGCGCACAACUAAAUACAACGAUUAUCAAAAGCAAAACAAGAGCAGAGCACAAAAUAAACAAAUCAAAAAACUUUGAACAAAAAAAAAAAACAAAAAUUAAAAAAAAAAUUACAAAAACAAUAAUAAUUGAAACAACAACAACAGCGGCACAGCAGGAAAACAUAUUGUUUGUUGCACAGUUAAAUAUUAUAUGAGUUGCAAAAUUAUAUUACAGUAAUACAAAGCUACACACACAUACAUAUGUAUGUACGAGUAUGUAUGUAUAUAUGUAUGUGUGUGCGUUUGCAUGAUAAAGCCAAGUAAAUGACACUGAACAUCCGAGUAUUAAUUUAGUGUGGCUUUUCUAUUCAUUUAACUGCUCAAAUGUUGCUCACGUUUUAAUUAAAAUAUUGCUCAUACUUUUUCAACUUUUACAUAUCUGCUGUACACGUAUAUAAUCAAUAUUAUAUAUGUACAACAACAUUAUAUUCAAGUUGAAUUUUGUGGUUUCUAUUAUCGCAUUGAUGUAAUUAAACGUAGCGGCAGGCAGACAAACAUUUAGUGUGGCAUAAACUUGGCACUCAUUGCCAGUGUCGUAGCGGUUUUCGUACGCGACUCGUUUGCAUACUAGAACGCCAUAACGGAAUAGCAGCAUUACGUCGAGACAGCCUCAGCUAACUUGUGUUUACAACGUUUUAGUAAUUUGUUAACGCGCAUAGAAAUUUUAUUGUAAAAUAAUUCGGCGAAAACAAAAAUUUAGUGAAAGUGAUAACAGUAAACUGCUUUCAAAAUGGUUUACGAGUCAUCGUAUGAUAGCGGUCGCAUGCCACAUAAGCCCGAUCUGACACGCGGCUAUUGGGCGGCGCCAAGUGAUUUCAUUUACACCUGCAUUAGUUUGGGCUUUCGCAUGGAUGUCAUGUCAAUGGGCUGGUUCAUUUACCAACACAUGGGCGGUGCUAUUAUACACUAUAUCAUCUGUAUGUUUCUGUUUGUGGUGCCAAUUAUUGUGAUACAAUCGUUUUUGGGACAAUUUUCCAGCAGCGGUUUCAUAUCGGUUUUUCGCAUAUCACCAAUCUUUAAGGGCUUGGGUUAUAUAAGUUUGGGCGUCAAUUUGGCAGUGCUAACCUAUUACAGCAUGUUCGCCGCUGUGCCGUUACUCUUCUUCUUUCACUCCAUGCGUCCCACAUUGCCUUGGAGCUGUGAGGGUAUGGAAAAAUGGUUUAUAAACAGCACCGAAGUGGAAGUUGAACAUUCCUGUAAAAUGAAGGAUGUAGUGGAGCUUAAUGCCAGCAUGAUAAAAAGCAAUGAUUCCUAUAAAUAUAUUGGUUAUGAAGUGCCGUCUGUGUUAUUCUUUAACUCGAUUUUCGGUGGCGACGAUCUGAUGGAAAACUAUGAGAAUCACAGCCCCUUUAUGUUUUCAUGGGAGUUGCUGCUUUGCACAUUGCUCACCUGGGGCAUUGUGGCUGGCGCAUUUUAUCGCUUCUACAAUACUGAUUUGAUGAGCAAAUUUUUACGUUACACCAUUUGGGCAUCCCUAGCUUUAUUGGUCAUCGCUGUCAUACGUUUCCUAUUUUUAUCACUCGAUUACAAAUAUAUAUUCAGCUUUUUCAUUGCAACUCCGCGUGAAUUGGCCGAAAGCAUACCGAAUACACUGUUGUUUAUUGUAUCCGCAUUCGGUCCCGGUUGGGGUUCCAUUAUUGCCUUGGCCAGUUUUAAUCGCUUCAAAACGAACAUCAUGAAUUUUAGUUGGCUCAUUUGUGUGGGGCAAAUGUGUAUUUUUAUGGCAUAUGGCAUCUUAACGCAUAUCAUACAGGGUUACUUUCAUUCUAUAACCGAACAUUAUGACGAGGUUGAUAAUUUGUAUGUUUAUGUGAACCAUCACUGGUCUUUGUAUUUAUCGAGUGGUAGCGUUUUGGCUACGAUGAGCUGGCCGAAUCUCUGGUCGUUACUCUUCUUUGCGAUGCUCGCGUUAAUGGCAUUGAUUACGAUGAUCACAUCUUUAUUCUCUAUUUUCCAAAGCGUCUUCGAUGAAUUUGAAAUAUUACGUUCUCGAAGAACUGAAGUCACUUUCGGCACCAUUGGUAUACUAGCAGUUUUGUCUUUAUAUACUUGCUCCAAUCACGGUGUCAUUUUCUUCAGCGCCAUGUCAAUGGAUUCACUAUUUACGCAAACAUCACUGAAUCUCCUGCUUCUACUGGUCGUGCUGUGGAUUUAUGGACGUGUACGCUUUCAGCGUGAUAUAGAAUUCAUGCUGGCUCAACGUUUUUCCACAUGGAAAGUGAAUGUGUUGCGAUUUGUUGCACCGAUUUGCCUGGUCCUACUACUAUUAGUUUCGCUAUUUGCUGCGUACUUCGAGCACAGCGUCGCCUCGAUUGUAGUGCAUUUAGCUGCGGUUUUCCUCAUCGUGCUACCUUGGCUCUAUUUACCCGGCUACAUGAUCUAUGUGCUGCUACAGACCACAGGUCCGUUCAGAAUGCGUUUUCGCCGCUGUUGCCGUCCAUUGGACUGGUAUCCGUUGGAAAUGGAGGAGCGUCAACGCUAUGAGGAGGCCAUGGGCAAUAUGGAUAUUACACAUCAAUUGAGUCAAAUGGAAGAUGAAAUUGUGCCAUAAUGCGCUACGUAAUUACCGAUCUAAAUGGGAAUUUUGUGCAGCUGUACAAUAUGUAUAUAUACAUAUAUGCAAAUUGAAGUGGUUAAAUUGUGAUUUGUAGAAAAGAACAAAUUGUAUAUAUAUAUACUCGUAUUAAUACACAGAUUUAGUAGCAGUGUUUAUUGUUAUAUAGAAAUCUAUUCGAAUUUGCGCUCAUAUUUUUACGUACGUUUUCUCUAAGCCAAAGAAACAUUUAUAAAUAUUCAUAAUUUUUAUUAAUAAAUGCUUAUUAUAUCAAAUUUUUGCUUAAACAAA